GCGCCUCUCUCUCCAGCUGUCUCCGGUAAUGUUCCACAGGAUACACACACCCCUCUCCGCCCCUGCCGCGAGACAGGUGGUUGGACCGUACGCCUUCAUCCUCGAGCGCUCCCUCUUAUAAUAAUUUAAAAAAAAAAAAAGAUCAACAACGUAUCUGUGGACAGCGGGGAAGGGUCGGCUGACGCGAGCGCGUCCCCGAUGGACUUCCAGCGUGUGACCUCCGCGAUCACCGGGCGGAUAGCGGGAGAGGGGGGCGACAACCGGAACGCACGAGGAGAGCCCCGCCGACCUACUACCAAAUGUUCUCCAGCGAAUCGCGCGAGCUGCUGUUCACGGGCGGGGGUCUACCGACGGAGGAAUGAGAUGCACGAGUAAAAAGUUGACACGAUUCUGGUGGGGAAUUCACAUCUGAGAGAGGGAGAGAGAGAGGGAGGGAGAGAGAGAGAGAGAGGGGGAGAGAGGGAGAGGCGGCGGGAUCAUUUGUCACUAUCCUCCCGGUCUGGAAAGUUCCCUUCGGAGGGGGGUUCAUUAUGGCUUCAGGCGCCGGGAAGGCUGCACAGCCCUCCGGGCCGGGCUCCGCCGUCAACGGGACUGCGGCAGAGUUCGCGAACAUCGAGCAGGAGCUGUACGACUACCAGAUGCACAGCAAGAUGUGCAAGAAGAUCGCCCAGCUCACCAAGGUGAUUUACUCUCUGAACAUGAAGAAUGAGGAGCAGGAGGCGGCCCUGCAGGCCUUGAGCCACGCACACCACGAGGAGCUGCACCGCAUCCUGAUGGAGACGUGUCACGAAGGGGAGGGGUCAGCGCUGAGGUCACGCCUCCUCGAGCUGCAGGAGUCUCUGGAGGAGCAGCAUAGAGUCGGAGCCCAGGUGCAGGCAGACUUUGAGUGCUUCCGUAUCCAGGCGGAGGAGAGGGAGCGUGAAACUGAGGCAGAGCUGCGGAAAGAGUUUGAGGAGAGGCUGCAGGCUGCAGAGGAAGAGCUCCAGGAGGCCAAGGCCCAGAUCAGUGACGCCCAGGAGGAGAGCCUGCGGCUGAGCAAGGAGCUGGAGAGGGCCGAGGAGCAGGUCCAGGAGCUGGGCGCCCAAUGUGAGGAGCUGCAGAAAGUCGCCAUCGAGGAGAGACAGAGCAACGUGGAGCAGAGGCAGAGAGAGGACGAGGAGAAGAAGAAAGAGGAGGAGGAGAGAGAAACGGAGGAGCGGGAGGACUUGGAAAGGCUUACAGCUCUCUCGGAGGAGGUGAAGGCGCUGAAGGAGGAGAGGGACCGGGCGGAGGAGGAGAGGAGGCGAGCCGUGAGAGAGGAGAGGGAGCGGUGGGAGGAGAAGCUGAACGAGGUGAACGACGAGAAGGAGGAGAUGAGGAGGAGGAUGGAGGCAGAGUGGAGGGAGGAGCAGCAGAGGUGGGAGGAGAGGGAGGAGGAGGAGAAGAAAGGGAUGCACAGCGCUCUGAGGGAGAGAGUGAAGAGGGCCGAGGCGGAGGUGGAGGGUCACCUGGAGAGGCUGGCGGAGAGCAAGAGGAGCACGGUGAAGCUGCAGGAGCGAAUACAGGACCUCGAGGAGGAGCUGGAGCUGGAUCGGAGGCGUGUGUCCGAGGCUGAGGGCGUGGCUAAGAGGGCGGAGGAGGAGCUGGCAGUGGCCAAGGAGAGGCUGCUGCUGCAGGAGGACGAGCUGCAGAGCCGGGCAGAGGAGCUGCUAAAUCGCGGAGGCUGCGAGGUGUGUGUGUGUGCUGAGGUGGAGGAGCUGAGGAGCCAGGUGAGCCGUCUGCAGAGCAGGAACAGAGAGCUGGAGCUGCAGAGCAGCGGCCGCAACAGUGACCACGCCCGGCAGAUACGCCAGCAUGCGGAGGCCCUGUCCAGCCUGCGAUCUGAGAUGGUGAGAGCUCAGACAGAAGAGCUGCGACGCAUCCAAAAACAUGCGGACGACGAACGGGACAAACUGCAGAGGGAGAUCGAAAAGGAGAGGGAAAGCCUCCGGAGGGAACGGGAGCAAGAGAAGGAUCAGCUGGAGAAGGAGAGGAACAGGCUGCGCAGGGACAAGGAGGAGGAGAAGGAGGCGCUGCACAAGGAAGUGGAGGAGAUCAGGGAGCGCCUGAGGAGAGAGAAGGAGGAGGAGGUGGAGCGGGAGAGGAAGGAGCUGGAGGUCGAGAGGGUUCGCGUCCGUUCGCAGCUGGACAAGAGCAUCGAGCAGGUGGAGGUGGAGAGAGCCAACGUGCAGCAGAAGCUGGAGGACGAGAAGAAGAGGCUGGUGGAGAAGGCGGAGGAGGAUAGGAAGCGGCUGAAGGAGCAGGUGCGGAAGGCCAUCGAGGAGGUGAUGAGGAGGCACGCAGCAGAACUUCACAGCGUCCAGGAAGCUCUGAGCUCCGAGAAGAAAACCAACCAGGAGGUGUGCGCCCAUUUGGAUGAAGAGCGGAGGAGCGGCGAGGAGCUGCGCGGCGGGCUGGAGAAGGAUCGGGAAGAGCUGAGGACGAAGCUGAGAGACGCCACCAAUGAGAUCUGUAGGCUGGAGUCGGUGAUCCAGCAGCAAGACAAGAAAGAGAAGGUGGCCCACGAAGCCGCACCCUCGUGUGGGCCGCAGUGCUCUCGCCUGGAGGAAGAGCUCCAGCAGACUCGCAGUCGGCUGGCUCGGGCGCAAGAGGAGGCAGACAGGCAGCGGGACCGGCAGCAGAGAGAGAUCGCCUCCCUGAGAGCUGACAAACAUAGACUAGAGGAGAAAGUCCUGGAGCAGAGCCGACUGAACACAGAGAGGAGUCUUCUCGAUCAGGGCCAGCGGCACACUGAGGACCGGAUCAGGGCAGAGUGCGAGGAUCGUCUCAGAGCGGAGUUCAGGAUAGAGAUGAACGCCGCGGUGGCUGAGAGCGAACAGAGAUGGCAGAACAGAGAGCAGGAGCUGCAGACCCAGAUCUCCGAGCUGCAGAGUGAACUGAGCAAGGAGACUUCACAGGCGGAGAAAAAGAAGGCGGGCUCCGGAGACGACGGCCACGUCAACCCCGAGAUUGAACGGCUGAGGAAAGAGGUCCAAGAUACCAAGGAGAUAAACAAGAAAAUGAGGGAGCUGCUGCAGGAGCCACAAACCCAGUCGUCAGCCGCGGACAGACACAGUCACGCCAUGGCUCUGCAGGCGCUAGAGAGACAGGCGAAGGAAGACGUGCUGUCUGAGAGGAACAGGCUACAGACCAUGCACCACCUGGAGCUAGAUAAGCAGCGUGCAGAGUUGACCCAGCAGCACACGGAGUGGAGCAGACAGAUGACCCAGAGACACAUGCAGCAGAUAGAAGACCUACAGGCUCAACUACAGGCACACACACAGAUGAUGGCUCUACAACAGGACCUGAAGCAGCAGAACCAGUAUCAGGUGUUUGAGCGACAGCUGGAUGAGAGUCGCUGUGCCAUGAUGGAGCUGCAGAGAGAAAAUACAGCGCUGAAGAAGCAGCUGAAGGAAAGGUCAGUACAGAAGAACCCCACGGCUGAAGAGAAAGAGGAGGAGAGCGUAGAGCUGCAGAAGAAGAGAGACGCCCAGCUGGAGGAAGAAGCGAACCGCCUGAAGGAGGAAGUGGAGAAGCUGAGGGUGGAGAUGGAGAAGCUGGAGGAGUCGCAGAAACACUGGGAGGAGAGGAAGGAGGAGGACGUGAGAGAGGAGGAGGUGGACGAGGAGAAGAAGAAGGAGCGGGAGGAGGAGAAGAGGAGGGAGGAGGUGGAGGAGAUCAAGAGGGAGCACAAGAGGGAGAUGCAGAGCUUGGUGUCCGAGUACAGCAGCGCCCAGACGCACCUGCAGGCUCGCAUCGUGGCCCUGGAGAACGAAUUUAACUGCAGGCUGCGUGAGCGGGAGGAGCGCUGCAGGAGGAGGGAGCCCCGGUGUGACGACCAGCAGCUGGGGAGGCUUCAGGAGAGGCUGAGCGAGAGAGACCAGCUCAUCAAACGAUUAGUGGAAGAGAGGCAUCAGCUGCAGCUCCACCCUCCUGUUUCCGGGGACAACAGCACCCUCAGGCUCCGCGACAGCAAGUCCCGCCCCGGGAGCGUCACGCCAACCAUGAGGAGGAAGCGCGUGGAGUCCCCUCCUCGUGUCACCAGCAUCCCGAGCGCCGGUACUUACGACAGGAGCAUCUUCCUCCCCCAGUCCUCCUCAUCGUCUUCCUCCUCCUCCUCCGUCCAUCAGCACUCCUCCUCAACCCUGCCCCACCAGUCCACCUCCCACCCCCAGGUCUCCCCCCAUUACUCCACCUCCUCUCUUCCACACAAGCACACCUCCCUCUCCCUCAGCCAACAGUCCUCCCCCUCCAUCCCUCGCUCCACCAGAUCCCGGACCUCCUGCAUCCCUCCGACCCCAGCGCCCACUGCCCCCCUCCCCGUCUGCCCCUCCCCGCAGACGGGCAUCCGCUACGUGUCGCCUUCCUGCCAGGAGCCACAUGCACACCUGCAGGCCCAAUCAAUCAGGGGCCCGUACCUGGAGCAGAGGGGGACAGAGGGGCUAAAACAGGAGUGGUUCACCAAAUACUUCUCCUUCUGAGCACAAAAACACACAUUAACACACACACACACACAUACACACACAAACACUUGCAGCAGCUGCAAGUACAUUUCCUCAUAUACAGUUCAUUGCUUCUUAUACACAUCCGUUUGCUUCCAACAUACACACAAACACACACAUAAACACAAACACAUGAGCAGACGUGACGACAUCAACAGACAUAUGGGCUCAUCACCAGCAAGGCCGUCUCAAACAUUGCCUCAAAGCUCAACCAAAAAGUGCUUCUCAAACACAUGCCUGACCUCUUUCUCAGAACAUAGGCCUGCCGGAUCUUGUUUGUAUAGUUUGGAAUGUCUCCAUAUCUUUUUUUAAAGCAGUCUUCCUUUUUUAAAAAAAAAAAUCGCAACAAAUCUCAUCCAACGAUUACCCCAGGCAACUGUACAUUUCUUAAAAUCAACGAACCAAGUGUCUCUUCGAGUAUGGAAGCAUUCGACGUAUUCAAUCAAGAUCCUCGUCAAAAACGGACACACGCGACUCACCAUACCAAAAUGAAGCUUGUUUCAAUGCAAAAAUGUAUGAUAAUCUUAAUGAAGAAAUUGAAUAAAAUAUUUUGUUUUUGUA